CAUCGGCCGACGCCUACUAACUGGAAGAUCGACCCAGCAGAUGAAAUGGCGGUGAGGCAGGUGAGGCUCUUCAACUCAACAGCACCAUUCUCCGGGUCGCCCCAGGCUGACCUGAAGGGGUCGUACACACCAUGCUCGGCCGCUGACCAGGGGACGGAGGAGGAGGAGGAGGAGGGCAAGGACAGCAAGAUGGGCUACCCGCAUUUAACCCCAAGACUAAACAAAGUCUUGACACAUGGAACUGCAGAACAAGUGGGCAAAAUGCCAUUGAAGACCACAACCAUCAUUGCUCAGGCUUCAUGUGAAACCCAGGACUCCCAGAGGUUUAGUCCAUCUGACCUCUCCUUCCCCUUUGUUUCCUCCUCACCCUGCUCCACCAGCAGUCUUUCCUCAGAGCACAACAACGUGGCAUGCCCAACAACGGCCUCCGUCCAGGAGCUGAGCAACUCAUCAGCACAGCUGAAACCCAGCAAGAAGAACAGGAAGAGACACAAGCGUAGAGAGAAGAAAAGGCUGGAGAAGCAGGAGAAGCAGCGACACAGACAUCGAAUGCCUUCUGGAGUCCCUGAACAGGAGAGUGGAAGUUCUCUGGUCCAGAUCCAGGAGUCGUCGUCUCUCGGGGGGAGAAGCAGUCUCAGUGCCUCUCGCUGUAGCAGCAUCGAAAGCUCAGAGGAGCGGGACAGAGGGCCUCCUCUCUACAGCCGACAGAUUUACAACACAGGCUCCAGCUGCUCUCCGCUCAACUGGCGGGAGCAUGUCUGUGGCCCCCUCUCCAGUCUCCGGUCCUUCGAGCAGGACAGCGUCUCGGACUCCCUCAGCAGUUUGGGAGGCUACUCGCUGGCCCUCGCUGGCCUCAGGGGCAGCGUCAGUCAGGGGGACCCAUGCUAUGCACGGCCCUUUUUCAAAGAUGUGGAGCGGGACAUGAGAGAAGAGGAAGAUGAGCUCUCAGAAGCCGAUUCUGUCAGUAACGAGGGAAUCAUCUUUUACAACGAUAAAAUUCAGCCUGUGGACUCUGAGUACAAGGAAGGGAGGGAGUUUGUCCUCUCAGAUUUCAUCAAGGAGGGCUCCUAUGGCGAAGUGCACAGCGCUCAAGAUGUCAACACGGGCUUCAGAUUUGCUGUCAAAAAGAUCGCCCUGAAGAGGUUCAGCAGUGAGGAGGUGGGUGCGUGGAGUGCCCUCAGAUCUCCUCGCGUGGUGGAGCUCUUUGGAGUGGUCAGAGAGGGGCCUAAUGUUUUCCUCUUCAUGGAGCACAAAUCUGGCUCUCUAGGCCAGCUGAUAGCCGAGCGUGGCCGGCUGCCAGAGGACUUAAGCCUCCACUACCACUCACAAGUCUUAACAGCACUGGAGUACUUGGUUAAGAAAAAAGUGGUGCACCUAGAUAUUAAAGCUGACAACGUGUUGCUGUCGGAGGACGGUAGAGACACUUUCCUGUGUGACUUUGGACAUGCAGAGAGACUGGACAACCAGGGGCAGAGCCUCAGUGGGUCCAAUGAUCUGAAGGGCAGCGAGACCCACAUGGCCCCUGAGAUCGUUAAAGGGGAACCCCGCGGAGCCAAAGCAGAUGUGUGGAGCAGCUGCUGUGCGUUACUGCACAUGCUCAACGGGUGUCAACCUUGGACAAGAUACUACACCUGUAGACUUUACCUGAAGAUCGCCAACGAGCCACCGCCUUUGAGAGAGAUCCCGCCCGACUGUAGCCCGCUCACGGCUGAAGUUCUGAAGGCAGGACUCCAGAAGGAUCCGGUCAAGAGAGCAUCAGCAUCUGACCUCAAAGAAAAAACUGACAGAGCUCUGAAAGAAGUUGGAGGACUCACCAGCCCAGUGAAGGGACCCUACACCGACCCCCUGUAUAUCGCCAACAAACCUCCUGACUUCCUUCAACUCAUCAAUAGCAGCGUUGACUUUUACGAUGAGGAGGAACAUCAGGAGUCUGUUGAGAAAGUGAUCACGGCAGGGGGGAGGAGGGAGGCACUGGAUGAUGAUGAAGAAGAAGAAGAGAAGGAGCGAGGCUCGCCACUCUGUCCACAAAUGCUGAUCUCUGAGCCAAACCACAGGAGGAGCAGCAAGAUAACCACUGUGUCUGAACUUGAGCUACGUAAACUGGAGCGAGAUUUCUACCUGAGCAGUUUGUCCCAGCCUCAGUCUGCUGAGAUGCAGGUGCACCUUUUGUCUUGUCUCAGCAAUGAAGCUUAUUCAAAUUGGGAACCAUGGGACAAAAAGGACUCUGGCCGCUGGUCCCUGAGCCCAGGAGAUGACUUCAGCUCUGGUGUCUUCUCCUACAGCAGUCAGCCAGAUGUGCAGGUCUUCAGCAUGGAUUUGCUGGGUCAAACACAGCUACCACCACCCUGUUGUUUUGAAGGGGUGGAUGUCUGCAUCAGAGACUUCAGCAGGAGAAGCAUCCGAAUCAGAGAGACACGCCGGGUGAAGGUGGGCCACAUCGCCACUGGGAUCAGUGAUCAGAUCUCCGAGAGAGUUUUCACUCUGGAGACCCAGCAGGGCCUGCAGAUCGCUCACGACGAGGAGGUGCAGGAGUCCGGUCUGGAGCUCUGCUGUGUUCCCGCUCCAGACUUCAGCCCCGCAUGGAGGUGGAGGAUCAGAGACGGGGUGCUGGAGACAAGAUAGAGCCAAGACCGCUCUGCUUCCAUCGGCCGCAUUGUCAUCUUAACCGUUGAUAAUAACGCCUUGUGUUGAUUUGCUUUUAACAUGUGCCUUUCGUUUGUCUUACAGUGUGAGGCCCAUACAUUCAUGAGUGGUAAAUAAAAUCUACCCAAAUUGCCUCAUGCUUUAAAUGACAUAAUGGAGGUUGUUACGUAGCUUUUACCCAUAACUGAAAGCACUGAGCUUACUGUGAUGUUUAUGUGUUUGCAUGGAGUCAAUAAAAAGUAGCCUGAA